CAUGGAGUCCGGCCUCCGCGGCUGCGGCAGCGGCGGCUGCGCCUGCGUAGAGCCGAGCGCUGUGGCCGCGACCGCUGUUGUGGGGGCGCUAACAGCGAAGAGGCACGAACAGCAAGUGACCGGCGGAUGGCUCUGCGGGACCUGGCAGGCUUGGGCCCCUGCUCACGCGGGACGUUGGGGGAGGCCGAGGCGGCGGCGGCGGAGCGAGAGGCGCGGCCCUUGGAGGCGGCGGGAGCCUCGCCGGAGGAAGAUGAAGAGGACGACGGCCGAGGCCGGGGCCUGCUACGUUGGGAUGGCUUCUCGGCCUGGCUGCACUGCGUGUGUGUGGUGGGCUUCGAUCUGGAGCUGGGCCAAGCCGUGGAGGAAUGCCAGUGGCCUGGGGGCAAAGAUGCCUGGACUUGAGCUGUGGAGAGAGAAAACUUCAAGCAGAGAGGCAUCUCCAGGUUGUCUUGGAGAUACCCAGUUUUGUUUUAGAUUUCGACAGUCUUCUGGCAGAAGGGUGUCACUGCAUUGUUUCCUGGAUCAAUUUGACAAAGAUUUACCAGUUUACUUAAAGAAGGAUCCUGCUUAUUUUUAUGGAUAUGUGUAUUUCCGACAAGUUCGAGACAAAACUCUAAAAAGAGGCUACUUUCAGAAGUCCUUGGUUUUGAUCAGCAAACUACCAUAUAUUCAUUUUUUUCACACUGUACUCAAACAGAUUGCACCAGAGUAUUUUGAAAAGAGCAAACCUUAUUUGGAAGCAGCUUGUAAUGAUGUCGAUCGAUGGCCUGCCCCAGUGCCAGGGAAGACAUUAUACUUGCCUAUUAUGGGGGUGGUAAUGAAGGUACGGAUUCCCACAUGUCAUGACAAACCUGGGACAACUCAAAUAGCGCAGUUAACUCAACAGAUACUGUCAAGAACUCAGAAUUUAUACUGUGAUUGUGAGGACAAGGGGAAAGCAGACACACAAAUAUCUGUUAUUUUACCUACUGUUCAUGAGGUAGAUCUUUUCAGAUGCUUCUGCCCAGUUUUCCUUCAUAGUCAGAUGCUUUGGGAGCUGGUGCUGUUGGGGGAGCCCCUUGUGGUCAUGGCACCAUCACCUUCAGAGUCUUCAGAGACUGUAUUGGCACUUGUUAACUGUAUUUCUCCAUUGAAGUACUUCAGUGAUUUCCGACCUUAUUUCACUAUUCAUGAUAGUGAAUUCAAAGAAUAUACUACCCGUACUCAAGCCCCGCCUUCAGUCAUAUUAGGAGUAACCAACCCCUUUUUUGCAAAAACACUUCAGCACUGGCCACACAUUAUUCGAAUAGGAGACCUUAAACCAGCAGGAGAAAUUCCUAAGCAGGUUAAAGUGAAAAAAUUGAAGAACUUAAAGACUCUGGAUUCUAAACCUGGAGUUUAUACUUCUUACAAGCCAUAUCUAAAUAGAGAUGAAGAGAUCAUAAAACAAUUACAGAAGGGUGUACAACAGAAACGUCCUUCUGAGGCUCAGAGUGUUAUUCUGAGACGCUAUUUCUUGGAACUGACACAAAGCUUCAUCAUACCAUUAGAAAGAUAUGUGGCAAGUUUGAUGCCUUUGCAGAAAUGUAUUUCUCCAUGGAAGAGUCCACCUCAGUUAAGACCAUUCUUUCCAGAAGAAUUUAUGAAAACACUUGAGAAAACAGGACCUCAGUUGACCUCUAGAAUAAAAGGUGAUUGGAUUGGACUUUACAGGCAUUUUCUAAAAUCCCCAAAUUUUGAUGGUUGGUUCAAGACCCGGAGGAAGGAAAUGACCCAGAAAUUGGAGGCGCUCCAUCUAGAAGCUCUUUGUGAAGAGGAUUUGCUUCUCUGGACCCAGAAACACACAGAAGUAGAAACAGUAGACCUUGUAUUGAAGCUGAAAAGUAAGCUGUUGCAGGCUGAUCGAGAGCAUUUACCUGUGAAACCUGAAACUGUGGAAAAGUUACGGACACACAUAGAUGCAAUUAUCUUAGCAUUGCCAGAGGACCUACAAGGCAUACUACUCAAAACAGGCAUGACGUGAUAUCUGCCAGGAUUUUCCAGCCAAAAGGAUUGUGUGUGCAUCAUGAAGCAUACUGACAUUUCUACUGGACUCACAAAGGAAAUCUCCUAGAGUGGAAAAUAGCUGCAAAUGUUAGCCACAAGGUGGAAAGGCUAUACUGACGUUUUUAGUGCAUUAUUUUAAAACAUAGAUAUCUGAAGGCAUUUCUAUAUUUUUAAUCAUGUUCUAAAGUGCUCUUAUGAGAGACCUGCGGGGCCAUCAGUAUAAGUGAUUCCAAACUGCAGUGCUGGCAUUGCAGAUAUUUUUUUAAAUUGGUGCUGUUUUGCCCAAUCAUGUUAAACUCAGGGGGAUAUAAAAAUAAUGUUCACACUGGCUAUCUUCUUAAGAAGGAAGAGACUGAACUGUCUGACUGUAGUUAGAAGUAAUUAAUGCUUUUGUAGUGCCUUCUGUUGUCCUACAUGUUUCACAAAACCUAGCUGCUAGUCUUGAAGCUUCUUCUGUAUUUGAUUAUGAUAUGUAAUUAUGUAAGGCAUACUUUUGCAUAAUAAUUGCUAAAAAACAGUAUUUCUCUUGCUUCCCAUCAUGUUUAUUAAUAGUGGAAUGGUGUUUUUUUUCAAUUGUCAUGUAGGUUUCAUUUCUUUUUUUUUAAUUAAUGAGAGAAAGAAAGAAAGAAAUCCAUUUGUUGUUCCACUUAUUGAUGCCAUUCAUUGGUUGCUUCUUAUAGGUUGCUUAUUCAUUGGUGCCCUGACUGGGGAUUGAACGCACAACCUUGGCAUAUCAGAGCAAUGCCCUAACCAGCUAAGCUACCUGUCCAGGGCCUCUCAUUAUUUUUUAUACCAUUUUCAAAUUUAAUCUUAAUCAGUUUCUCCAAAGGCAAGAAGGCAUCUCAUAUUAAUUAUAGAAGAAUAAAUCUCAUUCUACCCUUUAUUAAUUAGCUCCUGUAUAAGUUAAUUAGCUUGGAUGUUUUUCAAAGACAUUUAAUUAUAAAGCUCAUAAUCAGCUACUUUUAAAACUGAACUAUUAUUUUAAAGACAUUCAUAAACAUUUUAUAUGAAAGUCAUUUGAGUGAUUAUGAGGUUGAUUUUCAGCAUUAUUUGUUUGGUAGGGUUUUUUCCCCCUGAAAUUAAUAUUUCUCAAAACACUUUUCCUACUGUUGUUUGACAUGGGAACUUUUGCCUGAAUCACUGUUACAGCUAUUUUUUUGUUGUUUCUGUUUUGUUUUGUUUACACUACCUUGCCAAAAAUAGAAGAUUGUGGUUUGGUUCACUCUACCAAAGGUGUUUGGUUUGUGUUUGAAUAGGAGUGUCCUGCAGAAGCCACUGUUUAAAAUAGUCGCACACGACAUUAGCACAUAUGUAAAUAGCUGCUUCUUGAAUUACCCUUCAAGUAACCAAAUUUAGUUGUAUGUGUUUGUAAAAGAAAUGGCUUCAGAAGCUUUCCUUUUCUGUUACUAUAACUCCUGACUCAAGAAAGGCUCCUUGUGUUUGUAACUGUGGUCUUAAACCCAAAUGUGCCCUUUUCUCACAGACACAGCCUCUUGAAGCAUACCUCAAAGUCAGAGACAGAAUAUGGCAUUUGAAAGAAAUAAUUUGUCUUAGAUCAUAUGAGUUAUUUUGUGAAACCUGUGGAAAAGGGACAACUACUUUUAACUUGCUAAAGCAUUUCAUGUCUUUCUGGGAAUUUAGGUAUAAAUGGUCAUCUUAUUAUUUUUCAAAAGGUAUAUUUUAAUAAUCUCACAAUUUAUAUGCACUUUGUGACUAGAAUUGAAAAGUUGUUUGUGUCAUAUCAAGGAUAUUUUAAAUUAUACCACUAUAGGAUGUAUCAUUUCAAGUUUAUUUAGCAUAGCUAAUAAGUAUCAAAGGAUGCCAGUUAACAUCUAAUUAUAUCUUUAUGUUUACUGUAUUUAACUAAAACCUAACAAGUGUUGAAAACCCUAACAUACCUAACCUGGUUUAUCUGUUAAUUUCAAAUUGCUUGUAAAAAUAAUUCAAAAUUGCACUGGGAACCUGCGAAGCUGGUAACUGAAUUUUUGGGUGAUUUUCAGAGUUGUCCCCAUCUCCCAUCCUACUCCUGCCCAUUUUUUAGGAGACAUUCUUAACCUCUACAACCUGCAAUUUAAUGUUUAUCUCCACCAGCAUCAGAAGAAAUCACUGCUUUCAGGGUGUUAUGUAAUGCAUAGUGCCUUCUCUUUUCAGUGAAAAAGAGGUUUUAUGAAGGCAUUUAUGGUCAUUACUGAAAACUGAAUUAAAGGCCUUUGAUUUUAAAACA